AUGAAUCCUGGAGGAAGAAGCUUCGUACCGCACCCGAUACGGGUCUCACAGCUGACACAUCAUCGAAUAGACUAUCCUGUUUCAACCGUGCCACAACCGAAACCAACACGAGUGAUCUUCUGCGAUGUGAUUCGGGAGACUUUCUACGAUUAUGCCAAAAUGACGAAAGUUAAUGGAAUGUACUACCUUCAGCGUAACAUUACCUCUGGCAUCCCGCGACUGUUGUGGAUUGCUUUACUGGCAACAUCUCUUUGUCUCGGUAUAGUGUUAGUGUUUUUAUUGUGGAAGAAAUACGUUGAUUCACCGACACGGAUGACUGUUGCCCAAGAAAUGGGUAUACUGCAAGUUCCCUUUCCUGCGGUUACAAUUUGCCACCCGCAAAGUGUAAUGGACUACAGGGCGGAAAAAUUCGUUAGAAAGCUCAAGCUUCCACUGGGGGCAAAACGUGCAACAGUCAUCGAGUCGCUACCAGCUUUGGGAUAUUUCAAUGAGCACCAGUGGAGCUUACCUAAGAUACAAAAUCUACAACUGAUCGACAAUCUUCUGGUUAUGAACAACAUUUCCGUAGAAGAAGCCAUCUUCAUGUUAGGAAUGACCUGCAAAGAUCUUAUCGUUGUGUGUUACUGGGCUAGGAAACGCUUUCCCUGCUUUGGAAACCAUUCAUUUUUAAGUUGGACUAAUUCUACUAGUCAUUACGGCGCUUGCUGCUCUUUCAACUAUCAUCCAAUUGUCCAAAAAUCAAUGGUUCCUUUUGCUGUCAACAGCUACGGCAUUCACGGAGGUUUGAGUGUAAUAGGAACCGGUUUUCCAAAAGCCGCCGAUGGAAAAUCCGGUGCACUGUACUCGGAAGGGAUAAUGUUAAUGACUCAUCAUCCGCACGACUUCGCAGUCGAAGCAGCCCCACUAACCCUCCUCGGACUAGGCUCGGAAGCAUUUAUCAGCGUCUCACCAACAGAUUCUCGGUGUUCUGAGCAGGUUAUGCUACUUCCUCAAGCGCAACGUUCUUGCAUCAUAGAAAAGGACUUUUCGACCCCUAUUGGAAACUAUCGCCAGCCCACCUGCAUGCUGGAAUGCUUACGUGACGAAGUGCAUCGAAAGUGUGGCUGCCAUCCAUAUCAUCUCCCUAGCCGAUCGCAAAUUCCCGGUGGAGCGAAACAGAUUAGGAAGUGCUCCGUGGAAGAUUCGAUGUGCCUGAUUGACAAUUACUAUAUGUUUCAAAGACUCCGGUGUGAAUGCCUUCCUGCUUGCAGUGAUGUUACAUACAAAACAUCGUCUGUGGUAUCAGAUUUUGCCGCGCAUAAAUUUUCCAUGAACAAAUUCUACUCGGAAACAAACCUGACAGAGUCGGAAUUUAUAUUUCACGUGUACUUAAAUAAUCACUUAGUUCCGUCUAACCGACGUGUUGUUGUAGUUUCCUGGAUAUCACUUCUUGCCAACCUUGGAGGCGUUUUCAGCUUAUGUUUGGGAUUGAGUGUGCUUUCAUUGUUUGAGAUAUUUUUCUACGUUACCUUUCGAUUCUACAGAAACUAUAAAAAACUUAAAGCUGAAAAAACCAAUAGGAUUAUAGUUAUGGCUUCCGAAAAGCAGCCUCACGAGAGAAGGGUAAAGCAGUUCGGAUAA